CAGAAAAAGCGCCGUGCUUGCUUAUUCAAAAAAGCAGAACAAAACUCUGACUCCUCCCAAUUCUAUUCCUUCUUAAAUUUCUUGAUUUUGGAAUAUAAAUAUAUAAAUAUAUGUAGAAUAUUACUUGUUCUUCAUUGAAGACAAUUUGUUGGCUUUGCUUUGUCUCCAAGCAGCCAACUUUUUUCAGCCAACUCUUUGAAUUCCAGAAUUUUCAUAUUCAAGGUGUUGUGAUGUGAUUUGGACAAAAUUUCAUUGUUUCAAGUAGACUUUGGAAUUCCAAGCUGAUUUUGGAAAUGGAGGAAAAACCAUUCCCUGCAUGGUCAUGGUCUGUUGAGCAGUGUUUAGAAGAGUUGAAUGUUAAGUUGGAUAAAGGUCUGAGUUCAUAUGAAGUUGAGAAGAGGCGCGAGCGAUAUGGCUGGAAUGAACUUGCCAAAGAGAAGGGUAAGCCUUUAUGGCGACUUGUGCUCGAACAAUUUGAUGAUAUGCUUGUCAAAAUUCUCCUGGGUGCUGCCUUUAUAUCGUUUGUUUUAGCUUAUAUGCACGGAAGUGAAUCUGAUGCUGUUUCUGGAUUUGAAGCCUAUGUGGAACCUUUUGUGAUAGUUUUGAUUUUAGUGCUUAAUGCUAUUGUUGGGGUGUGGCAAGAGAGUAAUGCUGAGAGGGCUCUAGAAGCCCUCAAGGAGAUGCAGUGUGAGUCAGGGAAGGUUCUAAGGGAAGGUUAUUGGGUACCCGACUUGCCAGCGAGGGAGCUUGUUCCUGGAGAUAUAGUGGAAUUGCGAGCUGGGGAUAAAGGGCCUGCUGAUCUUAGAGUUGCGGCUUUGAAGACAUCAACGUUGAGACUCGAGCAGAGCUCUUUGACUGGAGAGGCUAUGCCUGUUUUGAAAGGUACUGCUCCCAUAUUCAUUGAUGACUGCGAGUUGCAGGCGAAGGAAAAUAUGAUAUUUGCAGGCACGACUGUUGUGAAUGGGAGUUGUGUUUGUAUUGUCAUAAGCACUGGAAUGAACACUGAGAUUGGGAUGAUUCAGAAGCAAAUACAUGAAGCCUCUUUGGAAGAAAGUGAUACCCCUUUAAAGAAGAAGCUCGACGAAUUUGGGGGCAGGCUGACUACUGCAAUUGGGAUUGUUUGUCUUAUUGUGUGGGUCAUUAAUUAUAAAAACUUCCUCUCGUGGGAUGUUGUAGAUGGUUGGCCUGUAAAUAUCCGAUUUUCUUUUGAGAAAUGCACUUACUAUUUCAAAAUUGCUGUUGCACUGGCUGUAGCCGCAAUUCCUGAAGGUCUUCCUGCAGUUAUCACCACUUGUUUAGCUCUUGGUACCAGGAAGAUGGCUCAAAAGAAUGCAAUUGUAAGAAAGCUUCCAAGUGUAGAAACCUUGGGAUGCACUUCUGUAAUUUGCUCAGAUAAAACUGGGACUUUAACCACAAACCAGAUGUCUGUGACAGCAUUCUUCACUCUCGGUGGGAAAACUACUUCAUCCAGAAUUUUCCAAGUUGACGGAACGACUUAUGACCCUAAGGAUGGAGGAAUUGUUGAUUGGACUUGCUACAAUAUGGAUGCUAAUUUGCAAGCCAUGGCAGAAAUAUGUGCAAUUUGCAAUGAUGCUGGGGUCUUUUGUGACGGGCGUUUGUUUCGAGCUACAGGUUUGCCCACUGAGGCAGCUCUCAAAGUUUUUGUUGAGAAGAUGGGGGUUCCGGAUGUCAAGGCUAGGAAUAAAAUCCGCGACAGUGAACUUGCAGCAAGCUAUCUGAUUGACCGCAGCACUGUGAAAUUAGGGAGCUGUGAUUGGUGGACCAGAAGAUCGAAAAGGGUUGCUACAUUGGAGUUUGAUCGCAUUCGGAAGUCAAUGAGUGUUAUAGUCAGGGAACCCAAUGGAAGCAAUCGACUUCUUGUGAAGGGAGCUGUUGAGAGUAUACUGGAGCGCAGUUCACAUGUGCAACUUGCAGAUGGAUCUCUUGUUCCCAUUGAUGAACCUUGUAGGCAACUAUUGCUCUUGAGACUUUUGGAGAUGAGCUCUAAAGGAUUACGGUGCCUGGGAUUGGCGUACAAGGAUGAACUGGGAGAAUUUUCAGACUACUAUGCUGAUGAUCAUCCUGCACAUAAGAAAUUGCUUGAUCCAGCUAGCUACUCCUCCAUUGAAAUUGAUUUGAUUUUUGUUGGAGUUGUUGGUCUAAGGGAUCCCCCACGCGAUGAAGUUGACAAAGCAAUUGAGGAUUGUAGGAGAGCAGGUAUCAGAGUUAUGGUUAUAACGGGAGACAAUAAGUCCACUGCUGAGGCAAUCUGCAAGGAAAUCAAGUUAUUUUAUCACGACGAAGAUGUCAGCGGAAGCAGUUUUACUGGUAAAGAGUUCAUGGCUCUUUCGCCUACACAGCAAAUGGAAAUCUUAUCUAAACCUGGAGGAAAGGUGUUCUCACGUGCUGAGCCCAGGCAUAAGCAAGAAAUAGUACGAAUGCUGAAGGAUAUGGGGGAAAUUGUUGCAAUGACUGGAGACGGUGUAAAUGAUGGCCCUGCUCUUAAACUCGCUGACAUCGGAAUAGCCAUGGGUAUAACCGGAACUGAGGUUGCCAAAGAAGCUUCAGAUAUGGUUUUAGCAGAUGAUAACUUUAGUACCAUUGUUUCAGCAAUUGCUGAGGGUCGCUCAAUUUACAAUAAUAUGAAAGCUUUUAUUAGGUACAUGAUAUCAUCUAAUGUUGGAGAGGUGAUAUCGAUUUUCUUAACUGCUGCACUGGGUAUACCAGAUUGUAUGAUACCUGUACAGCUUUUGUGGGUGAAUUUGGUUACAGACGGCCCUCCUGCAACAGCCCUCGGAUUUAAUCCUGCUGAUGUUGACAUAAUGCAGAAGCCGCCCCGCAAAAGCAAUGAUGCUCUUAUAAAUUCUUGGGUUCUCUUCCGUUAUUUGGUUAUUGGUUCUUAUGUAGGUAUUGCAACAGUUGGUGUAUUCAUAUUGUGGUACACUCAAGCUUCAUUUCUGGGUAUCGAUCUUGCGAGUGAUGGGCACACCCUUAUCGAACUAUCACAGCUUCGGAAUUGGGGGGAGUGUUCCAAAUGGUCAAAUUUCACUGCAGCUCCAUAUUCGAUUGGUGGAGGACGCAUGAUUACCUUUUCAAACCCUUGUGAUUAUUUCUCUGCUGGUAAAGUGAAGGCGAUGACUCUUUCCCUCUCGGUAUUAGUGGCAAUCGAGAUGUUCAAUUCCCUGAAUGCGCUUUCUGAAGACAACAGCUUGGUUAAAAUGCCACCUUGGAGGAAUCCUUGGCUUUUAGUCGCAAUGUCAGUGUCGUUUGCUCUCCAUUGCCUCAUACUCUACGUUCCGUUCCUGGCUGAUGUGUUUGGUAUUGUUCCAUUGAGCAUGAAUGAGUGGCUUCUAGUCAUCUUGGUUUCAGCUCCAGUAAUUCUAAUCGACGAGCUUCUUAAAUUUGCGGGAAGGAAUUGGAGAUUCAGGGCAAAGGAAAAGACGGAUUAAACAGACAUUAGACGGUUCUGCUAACUUAAAUAUCAUUUUUUGACACAUUAGUUUAUUUUAUUUUGUUUUGGUUUGUUCUUUUUUCCUACAAUCACAUUCUCACAUCAACUGAUUUUGUUCACUACAAUCAAUAGAAAAGGUAAAUAACCAGUCUUUUUUCUUUUGCUUUA